AUGGCCGGCUGCAGGCGCUUCCAUGCGAGCAGUGGCUGCAGCCUGUUCCUGGCUGAUGAUCCGGCCUCAGGCGUGCACCUCGGCGUGGAAGGUGGGAUACUCUGCCAGCUCCUCCGCUCUCCAGAUUACAACCUUUUCCCCAAGUCGGCAGUGUUUGAAAGUAAUUUCAUCCAGGUGACGAAGCAGGGGAACUGGGUGGAUAUCCAUAACGCCCCCACACUGGUGACCCUGGGGGUGACGUCCUCAGAGCCCUGCCUACCCCUCCCCAAUGUGCUCCUGAUCGCCAGGCUCGCAGUGCUGGGAGAAAGCCCCCUCGGGAGGGCGGACCAGCCCCAGGAGCCCUCCAUGGCCCUUAGCAGGCUUCUUCCGUUGAGGUACGUCAGACUGUCGGUGCAGGACAGCAGCCGGCGCCUGCUGCGGGUGCAGGUGGUCACGGGGAAGGUUUAUUACCUGCGGCUGCACCAGGCACACCCUGACGCUGUGUUCACGCUCUGGAGCCGGCUGGCGGACAUCCUGCAGCAGGGGCUCUCCAUCACCACCAAGGACCCCGCCAUCCACGUCCCGCACAGCCUGGUGCUCAGCGUGGGCAGCUCCUCCACCAGCUCCCCUGCACAGCUGGUGCCUGAUUCGCAGCCGCCCUCGGGAGCCAGUCGCAGCGUGGUGGCAAGGAUGGGCAAGCGAUUAUCGGGGACACUCUCCCAUCUCUCAGGAGCAGCCCUGGGGAAAACGGAGAAAGACUGCUCAGUCCAGAGAAGAACCUUCUCUCCAGCCAGCGAGGGAAGGAGCCGGUCGCGCCUGCCGAAAGCAACCCAAACUGAGCUGGGGAAGCUGGCGAUGUGUGAGCGGUGCCAGCGGGACAGGCCGAGCGACACAGGAGAGAGAGCCAGCCUGAGGACAGCCCUGCGGUGGUUGGACACUAAGUGCCACGGACUCUGGGAACGAGACACACCUGCUGGGCUGCUGCCCCUGUCCCGGCUCAACAGCUUAGUAGCUGCUGGUCGGCACUAG